UUGUUUUUAGACCAAACUUGAGAAAAGUUGCGCUGGUUCCGAAAGCGCUGUGUGUGUGUUUGUGUGUGUGUGUGUGUGUGUGCACGCACGCGCGCAGUGUCUGUGUGUGCGCAGUGUGUGUGUGUGUGUGUGUGUGCGCGCGCGUUAUGGUGUGAGGAGUAAACUGUCAUUUGUACGCGCAGAUAGAACCAUACAUGGAGGCAGGAGUGCACUGAAAAGCACGGUCCGGGCCGGAGUCGGAACAUAUUUAACAUUGUUCAGAGUAGCUGCCAACUUCGGGCCGCUGCUGUUUCUGCCGUGGAAUGUCGUAAACACGGCGCCUAAACUCUGCGGGAUGGGUAUUAUGUGUUCGGUCGGGUGUGAGCACAGUUCUCCGGUGGCUCGUGUGUGCGCCAGACCUUUGUGUUGAUCGUCGGCUCCACGGGACCGGGGAGGUGCCAUGUCCGUGCAGCUGCUGCAGCCUGUCAUCAGCCUUUCUGUUUGCGUGUGAUGGCCCAGUGCGGCCCCGCAGAGCCCGGCCCCGGCGCUAACUCCUCUGUGGAGCCCAGUGGAAAGCCGGUGCUGUUUGAGAUCUUUGGGGAAAUUUGGACUGUGCAAGCCCGGCUCGGGCAGGGGGUGUCCGCCUCCGUGUACCAGGUGAGCUCCGGGAGAGCCAGCACCGCAGCUGUCAAAGAGUUUCAAGCCGAGUCUCAUGGAGGGGACUACGGCUUCCACAAAGAGAGGAGCGUGCUGGAAGGGAUCCAGGGACACAAGAACAUCGUGACACUGUACGGAGUGUUCACACACCACAGCAGCCUAGGGGUGCCCACACGCUGUCUGCUGCUGGAGCUGCUGGACGUGAGUGUGUCCGAGCUGCUGCUGAGGGCCGGGGCCCCGCACUGCCACAGGCCGCAGCAGGGCCACUCCAUGUGGCUAGUGCAGCACUGUGCUCGAGACGUGCUGGAGGCUCUGGCCUUUCUCCACAGAGAGGCUCAGCUUUCCACAGAGGGCUAUGUCCACGCUGACCUCAAACCUCGCAACAUCCUGUGGAGUGCAGACGACCAGUGCUUCAAACUCAUCGACUUCGGCCUCAGCUUCAAGCAGGGCAGGGCAACCAGGUGAGCUCCUCUCCCCACGGUCUCCAUGUAUCGUGAGUGUACCCGACAGGUCCGAGACUCCAACAGCAUGCACUUCCUGUCUCCUGUAUCCUGCCCUCUGGAGGUGAGCUGCACUGCACUGGACCUGUGGAGCCUGGGCAUCCUCCUGGAGAUGUACUCAGGAGCCAAGCUCAAGGACACAGUGCGCUCACAGGGAUGGGAGGACAAUAGUGCAGCUGUUAUUGACAAGAUCUUCGUCAGCAAGAGUGAGGCGCACCCUGCUAUUCCUGUGUACCACCUCCGAGACCUGAUCAAGAGCAUGCUGCUGAAGAGCCCUCAGCAGAGAUGCACUGCGUCUACAGCACUGCUCAGCCCCUUCUUCAGUAUCCCUUUUGCUCCACACAUCGAGGAGAUGGUGCUGCUGCCGUCUCCUGUCCUGCGCCUGCUCAACCUCAUCGAUGACAGCCACCUGCAUAAUGAGGACGAGUAUGAAGAUAUCCUGGAGGACAUGAAGGAGGAGUGUCAGAAGUAUGGCUCUGUGGUGUCUCUGCUCAUCCCCAAAGAGAACCCCGGCAAAGGACAGGUCUUUGUGGAGUACUCCAGCUCCAGUGACGCCAAAGAGGCCCAGAGGCUGCUGACGGGACGCACCUUCGAUGGGCGCUUUGUGGUGGCCACCUUCUACCCCCUGAGAGCCUACCGGAGGGGCUACCUCUACCAGACACUACAAUGAGGGGCCCCCAAGAACCUACUGCAGGGGCUAUCUUAACCAGACACAGUAGUGAGCCCUUUGAGAGCCAACCAGAGCAGUUUCCUCUUCCAGACUCUGCAGUGAGAGCUAACCCUGAGCACAAAUCAUAUAAAGGCACAUGGGGCAUAGUUGCAUCUUUGUUUUUCUCUUUAGAGAGAAGUUUGUUCUGGCUGGAAGUGAAGCAAGUAUUUAUUUAGAAAAUAUUAAUUAUUUUAAUGUUUUUUUUUAAAUGAAUCAACUCAUUUAAAAAUGAUUUCAGAUGUUCCACACCCUCCAUUAGCUUUUUGUUGAGUUCACAUCACAUUGCCAAAUGCCUUUUAGUUCACCACCUUUGCUUGACUAUAGUUUACUCAUGAUGUCAUAUAUUGUUUUAAGUCUGUGUGGUUCUCUAAAGACCAACAGCAUGUCCCAGCCCCAGGCUUGACCUUUGAGUGUGUCAUUGGACAGGAGGACCCCUGCUGUGUCCUAACGUGUACACACUGCAUAUUAGUUUUCUUCGAGUUGAUGAUCAAAAGCCUUCGUCUCUGCCUAAAUGAGAUAGACAUAGAUCUGUUGUAUUGCAUUUAUUGAUUUUCCAUUUUAAAUGAAGUGUGAUGAGGUCUGUUAAAGCGCCUUUUAAAUAAAUAUCAUUCAUAAGAAAACUAUAAAUCUAUCUUUUAUCCUAUAGAAAUAUAUCAUUGGCAUUGAUAAAAUGUUAUUGAUGGAAAAAAAGACCUUAACACAAGUGCCAAAAGGGUGUGUGGUAUAAAUUAAAUGCAAGAAAUAUCUUGGAACCGUUGGUUCUCAGCAGUUGUUUAUUUGUGUAAAAAGACAUGUGCUUUUUCUGGUAUUUCAUUUUAAAAUAUAACAUAUGUAGAUCAUCGUUUACAUUGAGUUGUAAACCACAAUAAUGGAUGUUUAGAGUUUAGACAUAAAAAAAUAGAAACUGAUCUUGACUUUCUGCUCAAAAUUGCAGAUCUGAGAGGCACCUCUUCAAUUAUGUAAUUUCACUGAAACGGCGAGCUGUCCUUGACGUGGUUUAAUUUUGAAAAGUGGCUUUGUGACAUUUUAGAACCCUAUAUCUAUCACUCUGAAUUUUUCAAAUGAUCACAGGGUAGAUGGUGUUCUGAGAACGACCUUACACACUACUACAGCCCUGUGUGUGACCCUUACACAUUACUACACCCAUGUGACUGACUACAGUCUUGUGUUGUGUGUGACCCCUACACACUACAGUGAAGAUGCAGUAGGCCCAGACUUUUCCACAUAAAGAGCACAAAAAGUAGUUUCUCUUUGUUUAUGCACAUGUAGAAGACAGACUGUAGCUCUGUGACUUUGCCCAUGUCUCCCUACCCCUGUUAUUGCUUUGCCUGAGAUGAAAAUGUGCAACUAUGAAACAUCUUGAAAGUGACUGUGAAGCCCUGGAUAUAGAAAUGAUAACCUAUUUAUUUUUAUAUUCUCCCAAGAAUUCCAGUGUUCUGUAUUGUAUGACCAGCUAUGUUCAUUCUGUGCUUCUACUGUUGGACUGUACCUUAUGCACACAGAGCACUCACCCAUAUUUUACUACUUUGUAGUUCUACUUAAUAAAGUGCACUUCUGCUUCCAGUA